AAGCAGCGACACGGUGCUGAGCUGGACAUAGGAUAGGAUAGGAGAGGAUGCAGCUCCUGGGUCUGUGCUGCGGAGCCUCGCUGCUCCUGCUGCUCCUGCCAUGGGCAGCCCCGCAGCCGGCUGGCAGCAAGCACGGAGCGGAGCUGCAGUCCCUGCAGGACCUGUUGGAGGCGCUGGGGCAGCUCUGGGAGGAGGAAGGGGAACCGGGCUUGGAAGAGGAGCCGGGGGCCGGGGCUGAGGAUGGCGACUCCGAGUGGGACCUCCCGGCGCCCAGCCCUCCCCAGCCGGCGGAGGGGCAGAGCCAGUGGAGGAGCCUCCUCUCCUCCUACAGACGGAGGCAUUUCUCCAGCUGCUUCGGGACGAGGAUGGAGAGAAUCGGCGCGCAGACGGGGCUGGGAUGCAACCAGUACCAAGGCCGUGUCUGGAGGAGACGGAGAAGCUGAAGCCAUGACUGGUUCCCAAGAGCAUCCUGAGCCUUCGGGCUGGUGCCCAGCAGCCAGCCAAGCUCCCCCCGGGGCCUCUGCAGGGGUGGGGUACGCGGCAAUAAACUUUUGU